AUGAUUGCUUUGCUUUGCUUUGCUUCAGAUGAGGUAAUUAAGUACUUCCUCAGUCACUUGAAAAUCUCUCUCUGGAGGCUGGUCCCUGGAAGAGGGGUACCUAGACUCCUAAGGGAGACCUUAGACAAAUUCCUGCCUCCAAAUGCCCACGAGCUGGUGUCUGGAAAGCUGCACAUUAUCCUCACCCGCCUGCACGACUGGAGAUGCGUGACAGUGUCCGAGUUUGCCUCGAAGGAGGAGCUGAUUCAGGCUGUGAUGUGCAGUUGCUUCCUCCCAGUGUAUUUUGGGAUUUUCCCUCCAACAUUCCGUGGGGUGCGCUACGUGGACGGGGAGCUGGCCAUGUGGAAAGCCGACUUCGUGUCCCGCACCACCAUCACCAUCUCUGCCUUCGCCGGCGAAUACGACAUCUGCCCCAAGGAUGGCCCCGCUGCCUUCUUGACCUUCCAGCUCUCUGACUGUAUCUUACAGAUCUCAAAAAUGAACAUCUGCCGCUUACAGCACAUUUUUCAGGUUCCCACACGUCAGGUCAUGGACCGCUUUUAUAUCCAGGGCUACCAGGACAUGGUCUCCUUCCUAAAAAGACUGAGGGAUUUCCAGGUGAAUUACUUCGAGGGCUUCACACUUUCCUUGGCCAAUGAAUCAAAUCAAAAAGGUGAUGAGACCCUGCAACGGAAGCCUCGACUGAGUGUUUUUCACUCCAGAGCCACAGAUCAUGAGGGUGACACCAAAGAGAGUCCAGGAAUCCACCAGGCAGCAGAUGAAGAAGAAUAGGAAGCCCCACACCACCUUCUCCACCCCCAGGAAGGUAAAGAAACAGCUCCUCCUUCACCCCAUCGAUUUUUAAGCAACACUUGCUCAGGGCUGUCAGUGCCCAAAGGGGCUCUGGGGCAGGUGAGAACAUCAGGAAUGGGAGAAAGUUCCCUCUCACAUCACGGGUUAUGAGUGAGGCCUCACACUGAGUGAGCCCUCACCCUGGAUUUGGGUGAGCAUUGAGGACUUCAUUGGUGGCUGGGUCAGAAGGGCUCCAUGGAGAAGGAGCUCCUUCCAUGGAGAAGGCCAUGUAUUCACUCACCCAGUGAGGUAAGAACAGGUUCUGCCCACACAUCCCUUCUCCAGGGGUGUCUCAAGGGUUCAAGCUGCCUUUGCUGUGCUAGCCAAAUCCAAACUUCUCCUCAGGAACUCUGGCUGCAGCCACAGAAAUACAAAGUGCAAGGAAAGCAUGUUAGAGCUGCAGGUAAACUUCUUGCUGUGUCAUUUUCAAGCAAGACAAGGCAGGUUUCAAUCCAAAACUUAUUGUUUUCUGCAAUCCUAUGCAAAAUAAUGCCUGCUCCCCUUUUAGUUUUGCAUGGAAAACCAGUCAAUCC